AAAGAUUGCUGUAGAGGAUGAGGGUAAAAAGAGAUGGACCCCACCACCAUUUCAACUUUAGGAUAAAACACCUCUCCCAUUAACAGCCAAUAGUCAUUUUGUGAUAGAAGCAUUUGAGAGGUUUUGAAUCACACAAUGGGGUCUUUAAUGGCAGGUUGGGACUCGCCUGUCCCUGAUCCCAAAUCAGUGAAAUACAAGAAGAAUUGGUCAUUUACUAAGGAAGAAAUUGAAGCUUACUGGAAGUCAAAGAAGAAGAUAGAGGAGGAACAUCUCAAAGCCAUUUCCAGUCCAUCAGGAGAAAGAACUCAUCAGGAUGAUAAGUUUGGAAUGAAGAUUCAAAGAUCAAGCUCUUUGCCAGGGACUAAAACAAAGGAGGGGCUAAUAGACAUGGAAACUGAAAAAAGCUUAGAGGAAUUCAUAAAGAAAAAUGGCUGGUGGACGAGGAGCAACUGGGCAUUUCUAAAUGAACCUCCUGUGCUGGAAAACUCUUCUUACAAUUAUGUUCCGCAAUUCCAUAUUGCAAAUCUGGCCACAUCAAAAGACAAUAAUACUGGAAUUAGUGCUUAAUUAUCCAUAUUGAUGUUAUGUUUCAUGUAGGUGUACAUAUAAUUAUAUAUAAUAUGCGGGUGAUAUAACUAAACAGAUCCAGGUGUAGAUUUAGGGUACGGUAUGAAUUGUGAUGCUGUAAAUAUGAGUGGUUUUUGUUUAUGGGUGGAUUUAGAUGUACUGAUCAGUUUUGCAAUGUUGUAUUGGUUAUCACUGUGAAUUUUCCUUAAUGAUUAUGGUUAAUUUGCUUUGGGCUUC